CAGCGGUCUCUGUAUAUUUUGUGAUUUCCAUAUUCGUGAUAAUAACACAGUUUUUGAUUUUAUACCUAAGUCGACCGUCGUCGAGUACCGAGUAACAAACGCAACGAGUGCAACGUUACUUUCAGGUGCACCUCAACGAACGUGCCUUUCCAUAAUAUUUACGUCUUUAAUUACAACCGCAUAACCUUGUAUUGUCAAAACUACUGCGGGGCGAUAAUGUUAUAAUCAGCCGAUAAAAAAACCCGGAUAAUUUUCUAUUCAUUUGUUCAUUUCUCACGGAAUCCAUUUCUUAUUUGCACUGGCACACGAAAGCAAAUAUUUGCACGCGUGUGAUUAAUGGAUAUCUCCACCGAGUCAAACUGUUAACAUCAUUUGGUGAGUGAGCCGGUUGUGUCGUGUAAUAUUCAACGCGCAGAAACAAUGUCACCACUGCAAUACCUGCUGUUUUCAAGUUUUCUCCUAUUGAAUAAUUUACACUUUAUCAGUGCGCAAAAACAUUCGGAUCAGUCGCAGCGGAAAAGUAUCGUGCAGGAACCGAAAUGUGUCGAGAUUCGUGCCAUGUGCCCUAAUCUAAGCGACCAGUCAGAUGACGUGCUCAUAAUUGAAUGCCUGCAAUCACUGGAUCCUAAACUUCUGGGCAGAUUAAGCGACGAUUGCCAGCAUGUGAUUUGGACACACAUGAACAACCUUCUACAGGAUGAGAACAUCCGCGAUAUGUUAAUGCCGGUAUGUCGUAGCAACUUGGAUAAAAUUAAUUGCCAAGUUGCAGCCACCAGUGGGUCUUAUUUAAAAUGUAUCGUCAAUAAUAAAGAGCAGAUUGACAAUGCAGAUUGUGUUAACUAUGUGUUAAGAAUAGAAAAUGUUGCAUUUUAUGACUACAGAUGGAUUGCUCAGUUUGUCAAUCAUUGCAAUGCUGAUAUUGAUAAACUAAACUGUGGGAGACUUGAUCAUGAUGGUUUAACACAAUCAGAAACUAUAUCAUGCCUACAGAAUCAUUAUGAUGAAGUGAAUGAUGAAUGUAAAAAAGAAAUUUUUAAGUUGACAGAGAUUCAGUCAGAUAGUAUCAAGUUAGAUAGACAAUUGUAUCUGGCUUGUGCUGAAGACCAGAUGAGAUAUUGCAGACAAUUUGCACCUGGGAGUGGCAGAGUUUAUAGUUGCCUUAUCCAUCAUAGAUUUGAUUCUUUACAAGUGCAAUGUCAACAACAACUAUUAAAACGACAGAAGCUUAUCUCACAAGAUUACAGAAUAAGCAAGGGAUUGAUGAAGGCAUGCAGGGAUGAUAUUAAAAAAUCUCACUGUAGAAAACAAACAUCUGAUGAUAAGUCAAUCAGGAUGGCUCAAGUUUUGUUAUGUUUGGAAAGCGUUAUGAAAAAUGGGACACGCCUAGAGGCAAACUGCGUUGCGGAAAUGUCGGAUCAGCGUAGAAUUUUAAUGGAAGACUUUCGGUUGUCACCGGAAAUUGUUGAUAAAUGCUCCAAUGAAAUUCAAACCUAUUGUAUGGAACUCGAAGCCGGUGGUAGAACUAUUCAUUGUUUAAUGGAUCAUGCGCGACUUAAAAAUAGCAAGAAACGGAUUAAUUAUCAAUGUCAACGUGCGUUGGAAGAUUUAGUAAAAGAAACGGAUUUGGGCGAGGAUUGGCGUGUCGAUCCAGUAUUACAUGAAGCAUGUCAACCGGUGGUGCGUGCCGCGUGUCAAGACAUCCGCGGGGGCAACGCUCGUGUGCUGUCAUGCCUUUUGGACAAUAUCGCUGCUGACCAUAUGACGGAAGAUUGCGAAGAGGCCCUCUACCAGAUUCAAUAUUUUGUGGCGCGUGACUUUAAGUUGGAUCCGCAAUUAUACAAUGCGUGCCGUGACGACGCCGCUAAGUAUUGUAAUGUACGCGGCGCUUGGGAUGAUAAAGUCUAUAACGAUCCGGAGAAUGGACCACAAGUUUUGCCCUGCUUAUACCGUUAUGCGUAUAAUGAAGAUAAAGACAAGCAAUUGAAGGAACAGUGCUUCGAACAGAUCAGACGCGUGAUGCGUCAACGGGCGCUGAGUGUCGAUCUUAUGCCGGAGGUUGAAGACGCUUGCUUGCCAGACUUAGCAUCGUUUUGUUUUGAUAAAACAGAAAAAGGUGAAGAAAUGCUGUGUCUUCAAAACAAUUUGGAUAAAUUGGACGAUAAUUGCAAACAUCAAGUGGAAGAGUUUACUGAAAAGGAAGCUCAGAACGUUGAGUUGAAUGCGUACGUUUCGACACAUUGUAAGAAAAUUAUUCAGACUUUAUGCACACCGGAUGACAAACACGAUCAAGGUAGUGUUAUGGAAUGUUUGAUUUCAAAUAAAAAUAAUCCAACCGUCAAGGCAAACCCAAAGUGUCGUAUUUCUAUCGAACACUUUCAGUUGAUUUCGUUGAAAAACUACAAAUUUUCGUUCAAAUUUAAAGCGGCGUGUAAAAAUUACGCAAUGCGGUUUUGUGUAGCAGCGAAAACGAAAUCGGAAGUGGUCGCAUGUCUGAGUGAGAAAAUCACAAACGAUACAAUUGCGGGGAUAAAAAGCGAUGUACAAAAAGAAUGUAGACAACAACUUAAAGCUCAACUGUUUCAACAACGCGAGAAUAUCCAUUUUGAUCCCAAAUUGGAACGGGCUUGUCAUGAUGAUAUUCGGAAAUUCUGCAAAGAUGUUGAAGCCGGUUCGUCACAAGUUCUCGAAUGUCUACAGUCAACAUCCGAGAAAAAGUUAAGCGAUACUUGUCAGGUGGAGUUGUUUAAAGUGAAGAAGCAGGAGACAAGCGAUAAUUCAGUAGACUAUGCUUUACAAACGCUGUGCGAAGACACAAUUCAGUUGUUUUGUCCGAAGGUGGAGAAAGCGCGUGUGUUGGACUGUCUUAAGAGGCACAAGGACGAUAUUGGCUUUAAUAAGAAAUGUCUGGCUGUCGUGAAGCAUCGCAUCAUUGAACAGAACACAGAUUAUCGCUUAAAUCCGCUGCUGCAGGAAAAUUGCAAGAUGGACAUCAAGAAGUUUUGUUAUAGUGUUGCUGUCCAGGCUAAGCCAGAGAAGGAACUGAACGGAGAAGUGAUUGAUUGUUUGAAGAAGGCAUUUAAACAUGCCCAACUUUCGAAUCGAUGCGAAAAGGAAAUGUCAAUGAUUUUAAGGGAUCAGGCGAUGGACGUGCAGUUAAAUCCAUUGUUGCGAGCAGUAUGUAGGGAUGAAUUGGAUACGAUCUGCAAGGAUGAUUUGGAGAAAGGUUUCUUGGAGGCCGAAGAGUGUUUAAAGAAUGCCUUUCUUCAGAAACGCAUACCAACUGCGGCGUGUCGGAAUGAAGUAGUGAGCAUGUUGGAAGAAAGUCAAGCGGAUAUCAAUGUGGAUCCGACGUUGCAGCAGACGUGCGCGUUGGAUUUGCUGAAAUACUGUAAAGAUAUCCAGGAAGGCAAUGGAAGACAUAUUCGUUGUUUAAAAAUUGUUUUGGAAGAUAAUCCCAAAUCAUUGACACCGGAAUGCAAGAGUAUGUUGUCCAAGAGGUUUGAGAUGUAUAAAAACGUUGCACAGUUUGCUCCACCGGAAGGUUUACAGCAGCUGUACAAUCAAGUGACGUAUUCGCCUGCGAAGCAUUACUUUUUCUUUGUGACGCUGAUGGUGAUCGGGACGAUGUUUGCGAUGGGCAUGUUCUGCGGACGAGUGACUCGCCGCCAUAUGCUCGUAAAAAACAAAUGAUGUCGUGAAGGAGUGUUUGGUCGGGGCAUUAGGUAUAAACAAAUGGUCAUAUUGUGAUAGAGCCACUCGUAAGUUUCAAAGUGAUUUUACGGCAGUUGAGAUGUAAUUUUUAAAUGUUUUAUUCUCGAUUUCUUUUUAACCCGUUACUUACUUAUUUGCGAAAACUGACAAAGAUUGUUCCAAAUACCAAUGGCGGCUUACAAUUUCCCACGUUUUCUGAUUAAAAGUUCGUUUGUAGCUUUUAUUUCGAAGCGGAAGAAAGCGAGCUCUUGCCAUUUCAAUAAUGUGUCUGAUUAUUUGUAUUAUCAUGAAAAAUGUGUCAAUGUAUUGCUGUGGUUUUGUUAUCGCACAAUGUAAAUAUUAACGAAAUAACGCGUGCUAAAUACAUAAUAAAACAUGUUUUAUAAUGAA